GACCCCUUCCGUGUCCUCUACCCACAGGCACGGCGUAAAUGCAAUGAUCGAUAUAAGUCCAUUUUACGUGGACACGUCACACUUGCUCCACCACUCCGCCGGACAUCACGAACCGGAUAUAGCGACCGGAACGCCCAGAACCGGAUAAUACGACCGGCUUGCCUCAGAACCGGAUAUCCAGAAACCGGACACAAUGAAGCCGCGAAAUAUACGCUGUAUGAAGUUUUUCCUGGCUCUUUUCAACAUUGUUUUUAUUCUAUUCGGGCUAGUGAUAAUGGCGAUAUGCGUGAUCAACAUGCGCGAGCGCAAGGCGGGGCAGUCGGCGCUGUCGCGGGGAGUACUCUCGUUCCUGUUCACGCUGGGCCUGGGCCUGCUCAUCACGGCCAUACUGGGCUGCGUGGGCGCGCUCCGAGAGAAUAUUAAGAUACUUUAUGUGUACGCGUGUUUCCUGAUAUUCCUGGUGUCUGUGGAAGUGGUGGUGGGUGUGGGGGGCGCGGUGCUAAGCGCGUGGGUCGGCGGGGGGGAGCUCCGUGUUCAGUUCUACAGGAACUCCACUGAGGACGGUCAGCAGCCGCAGGUGUUCUGGGAUAAUCUGCAGUCUGAGAACCAAUGCUGCGGCGUCGACGGUCCACAGGACUACGAAAUCGUUCACAGGGACAUCCCCCCCUCGUGCUGCGCCAAGGCCCACCCGCUGCGGGAGGGGGGUGCCAGGCGUCACCUCCAUGCCACGUGCCUGGCAGACAAGUCAUACUACACGCACGGCUGUGAAGAGGUGUUGAGGCAAAAGAAAGCGCUGAAGGGAAAUAUCUUUAUAUCGAAUGGAGUGAUUUUCACGUUAUUGGAGAUUGUAUGCAUCGUGUUGGCUUUGUGGAUGGCGAAGUCAGUGCGGAACGAGAGAAGGAAACUGCAACAAAACCUACAAGCUCACUUCGAAUCUUAGCUUUAUGGCGCUUGCACACACUAGCCAAGCUACUUGUCAAGCAGUGCUUGUCUAGAAUGUCUAGUGUGUUAAUGAAGCAUUACUUGUUAAAGCAUUUAAUACACGUGUGCUGUAUGUCGUGUUCAUGUUACACUAGUCACUUAGAAAUCCCUAUAGAACUGAUAAUGAUGAAAUAGAAAUACGAGUAGUCAUCAAUCAAUCCGGUACCACAGUAUAACAAUAUGACAUAUCCCCCGGUACUAAAGUCAUAAA